UUUGAUUUCAAACGCACACACACUCUUCAACUUCACUGUCUACCUCCUUAUAUUGAAACCAAACCCCACUCUUCUCUCUUUACCCUUACUUUCUCUCGCCUAGGGUUUUCUCCACCAUUGACCCCACACUCCAACGCAUAGCCUCGCCCAAUUUUUAUGGAACUAUAGAGAGGACAGUUUGAAGGUAAAAUCUUAAAGCAGCAAAUCAUCAUGGAUAAAUCAGAGGGGACUCGGCAGCGGCAACAGCAACAACAGCAGCAGCAUGUGAUGGGAGUUGCUGCAGGUGCUAACCAAAUGACCUAUUCUCACUACCAGACUGCUCCCGUAGUGGCUGCUGGCACACCUGCUGUAGCUGUUCCUUCCCCAACACAGGCUCCUGCUGCCUUCUCUAGUUCUGCACACCAGCUUGCUUACCAGCAAGCUCAACAUUUCCACCAUCAACAACUGCAGCACCAACAGCAGCAGCUGCAAAUGUUCUGGUCUAAUCAAAUGCAAGAAAUCGAGCAAACCAUUGACUUUAAAAAUCACAGUCUUCCUCUUGCUCGAAUUAAAAAGAUAAUGAAAGCUGAUGAAGAUGUCCGAAUGAUUUCAGCAGAAGCUCCAGUCAUAUUUGCAAAAGCAUGUGAAAUGUUCAUAUUAGAGUUGACAUUACGUUCUUGGAUUCACACAGAAGAGAACAAGAGGAGAACCUUACAAAAGAAUGAUAUAGCAGCUGCUAUUUCAAGAAACGAUGUUUUUGAUUUCUUGGUUGAUAUUAUUCCAAGAGACGAGUUGAAAGAGGAAGGACUUGGAAUAACCAAGGCCUCUAUUCCAUUAGUGGGUUCUCCUGCUGAUAUGCCCUAUUACUAUGUCCCUCCACAGCACCCUGUGGGACCUCCUGCGAUGAUAAUGGGAAAGCCAGUUGAUCAAGCAGCGCUAUAUCCUACACAGCAGCCUCGACCUACCAUGGCUUUCAUGCCAUGGCCCCAUACACAACCUCAGCCACAGCAACCACCCCAACAACAACAACAAACAGAUUCAUGAUGAUUAUGUGCAUUCAAUUAGGUUUGGGAAGUAGCAUGCAUCUUUUGAUUACAAAUUUACUUGAUGCCUUUCGGCAGUAGUUUAGGGUUAUGUAUUGAAGAAAGCCACAGAUUGUUUGAGGAAUUUUGCACUCGUUUGUGAUUGUAUGGACUCUCUUAAAGAUUGGUGUGAUAGUUGAUUUAGUUUGCAGCUGU